GUUCACCCAUCGCCGGCCAACGACCAAACAAAAUGGCGGCUGCUGGGCUCCUCACGCCGGGGUCUUAAAGGAGCCGCGUCGCCUCGGGCCUGGCGGUCGGCGAAGGCGCCGGCUGUUCGAAGGAGGAAGGGAGGCGGUAGAAGUGGGCCGCUAAGAGCCGGGGUCUUCGCACGGGGGUCGCUAGGAGGCCACCUCGUCCUCCUACGCCGAGCGGGAAGCGGCGAAGCGGCAAAGCGGCGUUGCCAUGUCAACCCAGAUACUGAUCAGAUGAUAUUCUAUAUUUUUGGCAAUGAAGAAAAGCUACUUAAAAAAAGAAUUAUGUGGAAAAUCACAGAUGUCAGCUUUUCGGACACCUACUCCAAUGUCUUCUGUUGGUUCAGGCACCAGAUCAUCAUCUCCCCUAAGCCAACAGGCUUCUCCACCUGCUCGCAAAAGUAGGGCAUGGCAGAAUCAACAGCUUGAUACUACAGCAAAUGUAGAAGCUGCUUUUGAAUCUAAGUUUUAUGAAGAUGAAAAUGGUGUCAGUCCAGGUGUUCGGUACAUUACAGAACCCCUUAUAAAAAGUCUGUCAAAACAGGAAAAUUUGGCAUAUAUAAGCUCACUGAAUCUUUCUUCACCACAGGAUGGGGACAAGAAAUUCAAGUACAUAGAAAAUUUGGAAAGAUGCUCUAAACUAGAGAGACUGAAUCUAAGUAACAAUCAAAUAGAGAAGAUUGAAAAGCUGGAUAAGCUGUUGAAGUUGCGUGAACUCAAUUUGUCUUACAACAAGAUCAGUAAGAUUGAAGGCAUGGAACAUUUACGUAACCUACAAAAGAUGAACCUUGCAGGGAACGAGAUUGAGCACAUUCCUGUGUGGGUAGGGAAGAAACUGAGAUCCCUGCGCAUCCUUAACUUGAAACAGAAUAAAGUAUCAUCACUUCAUGAAGUAGCUAAACUGAAGCCUCUACAAGAUCUGACUUCUCUGUUCCUUGCUGGUAAUCCAGUUGCCAGCCUGCCUCACUACCGCUUGUACGUCAUAUUCCACUUGCGAGCACUGGAGAACUUGGAUGGGCAGCCAGUGACAAAUCGUGACAGACAGGAAGCUCUACAGAGGUUUGAUUUAGAAGAGAUAGAAAAAUUAGAGAGGGAGUUAGAGAACGCAAUACAAGAGAUGGAGAACCUUAAACUUAACCAGUCUAAAGUACUUGAGCAGCUUCACCAUCAAGAUGAGGUCAACAAAUCAUUACAAGAAAAAACCUUGCAGCAGAAGCAAAGCUGUGAAGAUCUACAAAGGGAUGUGGAUACCAAAAAUGAACUGCUAAAGCAGAAAACAAUGGAGCUGACACGAGCUUGCCAGAAGCAAUAUGAGUUGGAGCAGGAACUGGCAUUUUAUAAGAUUGAUGCAAAAUUUGAGCCACUAAACUAUUUUCCAUCAGAGGAUGUUGAGCUUGACAGCGUCCCUGGUGAAAGCCCAUACAUUGGUAAGGCCAGGUACAAAAGAAACAUGUUUAUAACAGAAGGCUACAUUGCUAGUAAAGCUCAGCAAAUGGGAACUGGAAAAAUGCAAUCAGACGAAAAUGAUCUGUGUAUGAAAUCCCAGCUGGAACCUCAGUUUCAAACUCUAGAUGAGCAAUUGGAGAGUAAAGAAAAAAAGAUUCAUUCAGCACAAAGGAGAUUAGAAGAGCUGCAAAAUGCAAUAGGAAAAGCAGAGCAACAAGUUUUGGAAGUAACAGGGGAACUGCAACAACUGGAGGGUGCUCUGGCUCAGAAAAAAGUCUCACAGGCCAACAGGGAGGAUUUGGAGCAGCAGCUGAGUAAGAAGAUACAAAUACUGCAUCAGCUACGAGAGGAAGCCUUAGCACUGGAGAAACAAAUGGAGAAUCAGAAAAGAGAAAUAGGGAAGAAGCAGAAAGAGCUUGAAGGCUUGAAGAGUUCUCUUGCUUCUGUAAAUUCUAAAGAUCCAAGACAUGCUCACAUGAGAGCUCAAAAAGCAAGUAAAGAACAGCAGAUUGAGGUAAUGAACAAACAGUAUAAACAGCUCGAGAUUCGCCUGGAUGAAAUGCUUUCUAGGAUUGCUAAGGAAACUGAGGAAAUCAAGGACUUGGAGCAGCAGCUCACUGAUGGUCAAAUAGCAACAAACGAAGCACUGAAAAGGGAUUUAGAAAGCAUUAUAGUUGGAUUACAGGAAUACCUGGAAGGCGUUAAGCAUCAAGCAAAACAGGCCAAUGAUGAAUGUAAGGAGUUGCAGAAGGAUAAAGAAUCUUUGCUUCAGAGAUUGGCAGAUCUAGAGGAUGAAAGAAAUAGCUUGAAAAUGGUUAUGAUGGAUGCUGAAAAUAUGAGAAAGGAAAUAGCAAUGCUUGAAGGCGCGCUUCAAGAGCAGCAAGAAAUAAAUGAAUCGCUCAGAGGAGGCCAAGGGGAGGUCAGUGCCUACGAGGCUGAACUGGAAGCCCAGCUGAGAGACAGAGACACUGAAACCAAUCGGCAGAAGGAAGAAUUGGAAAGACUGAAACAACUCAGCCAGAUGGAACUGUCAGCCCUGCAAGCUGAACUUGAGAAGGAAAGGCAAGCAUUAGAGAAUGCUCUGAGCAAAGCACAAUUAGCAGAAGAGAAGGAACAAGAAAACUAUAAGCUGCUUUCUCAGUUCAAACAACUGCAGGGAGACAACAAUCUCCUGAAACAACAGCUUAAAGAUCUUCAGAAUCAGCUAAGCCAUGCAGUGGGUAACUUGAUGCACCCUGAGGAAGUCCUGGCUCGUAUAAAUGAGCUCAAGCAAAAGCUUCGGACAGGAGCAGGAGAGAUUAAAUGUCAGAAUUCAGCUGAUGUUCUGGGGAAAAGCCUUGCAAAUCUGCAGAAAGAGUUCAAUAGCAUCCUUGCUGAUACACAGAGGGAGAAAGAGAAAGCAUGGGAAAGACAGAGGCAAUUGCAAGAGGAAAUGGUAUCUCAGCAGGAAAAACUGGAAGAUAUACAGGAGAAAUACAGACAGGUGAAAUCUGAAAACAGGCAGAAUAAGAACAAGGUCCAUCAGUUAGAGAAUGAAAUUCAACUUUUACGUGAAAAAAUAAAGAGUAUGGAAGAAAUCCAGGGCCUGGCUGAUCAACAGCUCCAAGAGGCAGAUGAAGAAAAAGAGGCUAUUCUUGCUCAACUAGAAGACCUGGAGAAAAGGAAAAAAAUAGAAGAUGCCAGGGCACAAAUGCAAUUUGCUGAUCUGGAUAAAGAGCUGAAGGAGUUGAAGAGAGCAAUCAUCACUUCAGAUAAACUGGCGGCUGCUGAGCUGUGCAUUGCUAAAAACCAGCUGCAGGCUCUUCAUGGGACUGUUCUCAAAAUUAAUCAGGAACGAGCUGAGGAAUUUGAGGAAGCUGAAGAGUUCUGUGUUGAGGCAGCUCGUACAACUCGGGAUCUUGCCCGAGCAGAAGCAGAAAUAGAGUUGUUACAACAGCUUCUGAAACAGAAGGAAGAACAACUUCAACACGAAAUGGGGAAAGCUGGUGAGAAGACUGCACUGAGCUCUCAGAAGUUAGAAAUUGAUGAACUGAAUGACACAGUGGAGCAACAGAAAGCAGAAAUUGAGCGUUUAAGAUGGUUGCUGGAUGACACUGGGGCAGGUAACAAGGAUGAAAUUGACAACUUGCAAGAUGAAAUUGCAGCACUCAGAAAUGCACUCUCAUGCCAGAAUGGUUACGUCACCAGUAUAGCAGAUCCAGUAAAAAGAAGAGGAUACUGGUAUUAUGUGCCACCAUCACAGGCCUCAACUCCUGCCUCUCACAGCACAAAAGACUCUGGAGUUGGUUUACAGUGCCCUGGCACCUCCCCACCCAGAAAAGGGUGUAGUCAGGUCAGGAAGGAAGACUUACCCAGAUCAAGAGGGUGCUGGGUUUAUUCACCAGUCAGAAACAGGUGGUACAAAACAAAUCCUAAUAAAGCUGGAAGAGCAGAAGAAGACAGCAAAGGAAACGUGGAAGCUCAUGCUCACAAAGACCUGCCCUUUGUCCCACCGCCUGGUGCAGCCAUCUAUACUCUUCUCCCAGCUGGUGCUCCUCCACCCCAAGGAGCUGUGGCUUCCAGCCCUCCUCCUGCAGCUGCAGAUGGAGCCUCCAUUGCUCCUGGCUCUGUUCCCUAUGGCCUGCCUCCUGUGGGAGCCCAGGUUGUUUAUGGCCUUCUUCCUCCAAACUUUGCUGUCCCACUCGUUCCUUUUGGAGGUCUUCACUGCAAUGUACCCAAGCAUCACGACUUGGAGAGUGAAGUCUCAAGGUUAGAAGACACUGUGCGUCAUUUGAAGUCUCGGAAAUACAGAGAUAAAUGGUCAGAGGCAGCUGGGCACAAAUGCAAGAACGAAAUGGAAGAACUACGUCAGAACAUGGAGGAUCUUCUGCAUGAGAGAGAAGAGCUGGAACGCGAAGUGGCAGAGCUGCACAGAGCAGCUCAAACACGUAACAAGCGCAAGGACUUUGUUGAAGGCUAUACUGAAAACUUAAUGGCAGAACUACAGUUAGAAAAAUCUCUUAAACACCAUGAAGAUAUUGCAGAAGAAAUUGAAUGUAUAGAGAAGACUCUUCUCAAACGCCGAGCGGAGCUUAGAGAGGCAGACAGGCUUCUCACAGAAGCUGAAAUGGAACUUGAGAGCACACGGGGAAAGACUAAAGACACCAUUCAAAAGUACAAUCGUGCCAAACAGCAUUUGCUCCAUACUGAAACGGAAGCAGAGGAGCUAGAGCGAAGGGCUCAGGAAAUGGCUACUGAACUUGUGAAAGCAGAUCAGCAAUUAAGAUCAUUGCAGGCAGAUACACAGGAUUUAGAACAGCGUAAGAAGGAACAGGAAGGUGUUUUGAAGGAGAUCAACAAAGUGGUGUCUGCAAGAGACUCUGAGUUCCAGUCGUUAAACCAGAAAAUAGAAAUGCUGACUGGAAGCCUUCAGAAGCUUCAAGGAGAUAUUCAAGUUGCAGAAGGUAACGAGGAGCAUCACCUCCAAAUGCUCACAGAAGCAGAGAACAUUCUUCAGGUCAAGAAAACUGAACUGGAAGGACUGAAAAAUCAGGUUACUGCUCAGCAACAAGAGCUGCUGUUUGUGGAGCAGCAGCUCAGGCAGAGGAAGGAGCAGCUCCAUGCCCUUCAGGACUGUAUUGCUCAAAAGAAAGGUGACCUCAAGGAAGCUCUUCGAGAUGGGGAGACUGAAGCAAAGGAGAAACAGCGCCAAAUAAAAGAAAUAAGGCUUCUUCUGGAAGAUCUUAAUGCUGAGAGGAGAGAACUGGGUGUCCAAAUUGAUGAGAAGAGAGCACAGCUUUCGGUCAUAAGGAAGGAUAUUGGAAAAGAGGAAGAAAAUCUUCAAAUAAUACUUGGACAAAUCAACAAGCAUAAGAUAGAACUGAAACACGUUCUGGAAAUGUUGGAGAUUGAAAAUAAUGAACUUCAGGGUUUGAAGCUACAACAUGAUCAGAAGGUCAAUGAACUGGAGAAGACUCAGGUUGCAGUUCUAGAAGAGAAGCUGAAAUUGGAGAAUAUUCAGAGAUUAUUCCAGUGUCAGCAAGGGGAAGUGGAUUGGCAGGAGCAACAGCUUCAGAAGGACCGUCAGGAAAGUGAACACCUGGUUUCUCAGAUGCGCGCUCUGCAAAGCAAUAUUGAGUCUCUGAGUAAAGAGAAGCAAAAGCUUGAAGAGGACUGUCAGAGUUUGGAAAGGAAGCUGUCGCAAACCAGAAGAGACCUGAGUGCUGCUGAAGGUGGCAUCGGAGCCGCGUCGUCCAAGGUAGAGAGAAUGGAACUGGAGAUUGAAAGCCUGCAGCAGGAGGCAGAUGUACUGAAUGAACAGAAAAAGUCACUGCGUGGAGAGAUGGCUGCUGUACAAAAAGAUCUUCAAGAAAAAAAGAAUGAACUGGAGAUGCUGAAAGGAGAAUUAAGUGAGUCCAGGCAGCAGCUUCAGCUGGCAGAACAGAAUUUGAAAGAUAAUACAAAGCACCAGGAAGAGCUGCUGAAAGAGCAGGCAACCCUAAAAGAAGAUAUUCUAAAAUGUGUGAGGAAAUGUAAGGAUUGCCAAGAGAGACAGAAAAAGAGAGAGAACCAUUUGCAGCAGCUCCAGAAAGAGAUUGAAGAGAAAGAAACAAUACUGGCCAAACAAGAAGCGAUCCUUUAUAAGCUCAAGCAAAAUUCAGAACACGAAGGGAAAAAACUGGAAGAAAAUACUGCUAAACUCAAAGAACAGAAACUACUUCUGGAAAAGGAACUCAGGGAUCAGCGAGAGAAACUGGAAGAGGCAGUAGCAAAAGUAAGGCUGGCAGAAGAAAACAACAGGAAGCUGGAAAAAGAAGCAUCUCAACUUGCAGCGCUUGAAGAAACUGUCAGAAAAAGCAAACAUCAGGUAUCAGAAAAAGAACUACAGGUACAACAGAAAAAUAGAGAAAUUCAGUCUCUCCAAAACGAAUUGAAAGUCUCCAAGUCUGAGGUGAACCAUCUGCAGGGGCAGCUAGCAGCAGAAAGGAAAAGAGCAGAAAAACGGAUCUGCAGUCUGAAGGAAGCGAUGAAAAUGCAGAGGACACAGUUUGAAAGAGAACUGCAUGAACAAAAGCAUGCAAAUAACUGCCUGCAGAGUGAUAUAGCAGCUGCUGAACAAGUGGCACAGAGCAACCAUGAGCGAACCAAGCACCUGAUGAAAGAGCUUGGCCAGAUCCAGCAGAACUACGUGGAUCUCCAAAAUCAGGUUAAGACUCAAGAAGACCUGGAAAAGAGACAAAGGGAAAUAGAGGACACAGCAACGUUGCUUAAAUCAGAGGUUGAAGACAGUAUUAAAACAAGGUUUAAAUCUUCAAGCCCAUCUCCUCCAGAACUGCUGGAAGAUUUGGAAGCGUUUUCUGCAGUAAACAGAAGCAUGCAGUGUGAAUCUGAUGAUUUAGAGGAGAUGUUUUCGUUUGCUGAUGCUGACAAAAAAUUGUUCUCACUGGAAAGGAAGUUGGAUUUUUCUCAGAUCUUCAUAAUGGAUGAACAGUGGCGUGGAGAGGCUCUCCGAGAGAAACUGCAGCAUCAUGAGGAUCGGCUGAAGGCUCAGCUCUGGCACUGCAUGUCCAAGCAAGUGGAUGUACUGAUCAGAGGAAAACAACAAACACAAGGCACCCUUCACAGCCUGAAGCGACAGGUUGACGCGCUGGAUGACCUGGUCAGCAGCACUUCCUCAGACUCGCUGUUCCUAACUGAAAGUUCAUCAGGUCUGCUGUCUCUUCGUGAUGCUCUGAAUGUAACAAAAACACAGGCUGCCCUGACAGGACACACACACUUCCCCAGCAGCUCAGCAGGCGUUCCAGCAGUGGCACAGACGUGGCAUUCCUGCUCAUGAGAAAUUCCUCAGUGAAGUGCCAGAGAUGUACAGCUGCAACUGUGGAUGCUGCAUGCCCGGAACAAGUGAGGGCUGUGCCCCAGGCAGAGCAGGUCACACCGUGCCAGCUUCUCUCCUUCAUGUGCAGUCACUCCUGUCCCUCUCUUAGACAGCAGCUGAUCUGCAUGUGCUCUGGUGCUCCCUGAGGCUGUGCCAUCAUCUUCCACUCCUGAAGCCUUCUACCUCACUGCUCUACAAGCCUUUUUAAAAAGGUAUUUACCAGCAAUAACAGCUCAGUACUGUGAAGUUUCUGUAUGUCUGUAAGGGAGUUUUCUGUAUAUAUGUUAUUCCAAAAAAUAAGGAUUUAGGAGUGUCUACAACUACUGUUCCCAUUGAAGUGGGGGUAUUUCUCAGUUUACCUUUUGAGUUGUCACAUUUUCAAAUGCAUGAAUGUUAAAUAAAAUUAUUUUUGAAUACUUUCUUACAAUAAGUUUAUGACUACAGCUUACCUUCAUCCUUAUUUCUCCCCAAGUAUUGUUUCUAAUACGCAUCCUGUAACACCUUGAUGGUGGCAGUAGGAGCAGCUCCAAGCACCUCUGUGCUCCUGCACACCUGAGGGGACACAGUGACUUUCCAGAGCUUCUCCCCCUUUUACUGGAGGCUGAUUUCAGUGCUUUUCCACCUUGCCCUCUCAUCUACAUGAUCAUCAUCACCUGCCACCUCUGGCCGCAAUAUUCACGCUCCCCACUCCCCCAGGCCUGUUACAGCCCUAGGCAGGCUUUAGGGAAGCAGAAAAGCAAAAGCAGCCUAUCGCAUUUUACCCCUAAGGCCCCUCUUAAAAGUUAACAAAAGCAGUUAAAGCACAACUGCCUCCCCUAGAAGGGAAUCUUGUGUAACUUCUCUCUUCUAACAGCUUUCCCCAGCACCCAAAGCAGAAGUGCCCACACAGCAGCAUUUGCAAGGCAGGGCAAUGGGGCAGGCAGAAAAUAGCCCAGGAAGGCAGGAGUGAAGAAUGGCAGCCAUAAGGCACAGCACGAGUAGAGAAGGGCAGAGCAAGAAACACAAGGCACUGCAGUUUAUCUAGAUACAGGUACUUUAUUUACAAAUAUUUAGAUUAAUAGCAUUGUUACAUCAAAUGAGGAGUACAGCAGUCCAAACAAAUCCUUUCUGUGACAGAAACAAUAAGGCCUACUGUAACUUAUUCUGGGAAUACAGGUAUUGCACCUCAACAAGCUGUAGUCAUUAGAACAUUUACUUCCACACUUCAUGGCAGCAGCAGGUCCUGGUCCCUGGGCAAACCCCGCUGUGGUGCAACCUUGGUUUAAGCAGGACGCAUCAGCUGUAGAGCUCAAACACCAUCUACUAGAGAGUACUAGUUAAAAAAAACUAACCAGACAAAACGAAGGGACAGCGCACAAACAAGUUACCCAAAUCCUAUUGUCUGCACAUUCCAGUUUUUUUGGCUUUUAUUUAACAUUGACUGUACAAUACUCUGGUACCAACUGUUGACUUACAUGUCCGAACAGUUUAUAGUUUUAGUGUCUAGAAAAGGAAUUUAAGACUACUUUGUAUUUUCAACACUGCAGUAAGACUAGAAGUUGGACACCUGAUGGUGGUUAAACACCCUUUCCUUUUUGAAACUGUACUCAGCGUAUUCUUGAAGCUACAUGUGACAUACAGUGCUGCAUAGUGACACGUUCUAGUCCUGACAGCACAGUAAAUCCCACUCAGUUGUCGUGUACACGCGUGGGUUUUGCUGUCUCCCCUUUACACAAGUAGCACAUUGCUACACAGGAGGGUGGCACUCGUCAAGAAGAAACCUGCCCCAGAAGCAGCCCUCAGCUGUAGUGUUAAAACACAACAGUAGCUACAACUCCCUAGAGAACACAAGUUGUUCUGACUGUCCAGUUCGGUAUCUGACCAUUCAAAAGUUAAAGGUAUAAAAGCAUAAGAUGUGCAAGAGAACCGGCCUUGGUACACAAAGCAAGGCAGGUCAUGAAGCCCAAUAAUGCAAAAUGCUUACAGAAGAAAAAAGCAGGUUAGCACACUGCUGAUUGCACAGAACAGGAUUAAUAACAUGGCAUAGAUAUACCACAGUGCAAAGAUGAAGGACAGAUUCCACUAGUGUUAAUUUCGGCACUGGGGCUGGAGUUCCCCAGCACAAUGUCCACUGUCAACACCAAGGCGUUAAGCUGCUGGUAGUGAACUGCAGUUACACCAUGUCUGUACUGAUGGGCAGCGUGGUCACAUACAGGUCAUACUGUACAACUGAUAUUUUCUUAUAUACUGUUCUAAUGCCAGUAAUCAUUUUCUUCAUUAAAAUCAUAUACACAGGAUGUAUUUCACUGUUAGCUCAGUUCCUUCAAAUUUUAUACAUAUUUACGUUCUGUUAGCAAAUGGAUAAAAGUGGCAAAAAAUGAUGUAAAGCUAUGAGCACAAGAGUGAAUGUUUGCUUCCCUGUGCAAGGUGUGCACUCCUGCGCCACCCCCUGCCCCCAACAUGCACACAUGGGGAAUUCUUCCAACAAAGCACAUUGGUACGGAGCCCCUUUCUACCAUCAGAAGUCAUUUCACAGCAAAAAAAAAAAAACAAAACCAAAAACUUAUCCUUUACUAUGGACAG